AUGGCAUUGACGCCAAACACGAAUUAUAGAUUUAGGCUUGUCGCAAGGACAUCGCGUGGCGAAGGCAUUCCCAAAGUUCUUGAAGUUAAAACUAAAUCCGUUAAAACGAAACCAGACCCCCCUACUAUCGUCGGUGCAACAGCACGAAAUAAUGACGUAAUACUAAUUUGGCGCGAUCAGUUUGAUGGAAACACACCUAUCACUCAAUAUAUUGUGGAGUAUCGAAUUUCGUCUGGUAUGAUGGAGGAUUUAUUAGAAAAUCCUUGGACAAACGGCUGGAAUCUCAAGCCUUCUCAAACCGUACGUAACAGAACCGACGGUACACGGUCAGCGGUAUUGGAAAAUUUACAAGCUUUAACCGUUUACUGGUUUCGAAUGAUCACACGCAACGAAGCUGGUUUGUCUAUUCCUGGGAAUAGUUCUUCGUCUGUCUCGACAGGAAUAGCGAAGAGCGCAAGGCAGUCGGCUCCAACUUCACUUCUCAAGAAAAACGUGUACACUUUCCCUUCUUUUCGUGCGAAACCAGACCCCCCUACUAUCGUCGGUGCAACAGCACGAAAUAAUGACGUAAUACUAAUUUGGCGCGAUCAGUUUGAUGGAAACACACCUAUCACUCAAUAUAUUGUGGAGUAUCGAACUUCGUCUGAGAAAAAUCCUUGGACAAACGGCUGGAAUCUCAAGCCUUCUCAAACCGUACGUAACAGAACCGACGGUACACGGUCAGCGGUAUUGGAAAAUUUACAAGCUUUAACCGUUUACUGGUUUCGAAUGAUCACACGCAACGAAGCUGGUUUGUCUAUUCCUGGGAAUAGUUCUUCGUCUGUCUCGACAGGAAUAGCGAAGAGCGCAAGGCAGUCGGCUCCAGUGUACGAAGAAGUUUGGUUCAUAUCUGUAAUGGCGGUCAUUGGAUUUCUCAUUUUGCUUUUGUGCCUUGUUAUCAUCUGCUGCUGCUGUUGUUGUAAAAGACAGCGAUCACAAAGUAAGACGCUUACUCAUCCCAUUUCUAUGGAUGUACGACCGAAAAAUGGAAUGCGAUCACACCCUAAUGACGAAGAAACCUUAAGUAAAGGUAGCAGUCGUACACACAAGGAUGAGAAACCUCUGUUGGCAAUGAAAGAGAGUGAACAGGAAGACGAGGAUGAUAAAAAGGAGGAGUCGACUUUCACUCGGAUGAUGACCUAAAACAAUGCCAUAUCGUUCUCCAACCAAAUGAAUGUAAAAUAAAUUCUUUAAAGAAUGCAUGUCAACCAAGAUGCACUACGCGCUUUUGUUUAUGUUUAUAUCUGAGCCUGCCGCACACACACUUCAAUGAACGUCGUGUCGUUUUUCUAAAAAUUCUCUGCACAAGUCAAUUCAGAAGCAUUGGUCUUCCACGUUUAGGGAAAGAAGCCUUUUUAAAUCAUAAGUUUUUACAAUUACUUAAAAUAAUGUUAUACAGUAAUAAUAAAGGCCUGCCUUGACUACAUAAUGAAUAAAUACUACUAUAAUUUUCA